GCAGCGCAGACUGCCACGCCCUACCAGUAUUAGCCGUUAGAUUUACUUCUUGUGAGUUCUCUUUACUCGCCGUUUGGAGCAGAAUCCCAUAACCUCCUAGAGACCUUCACAGUGAAAGCAGAGAAAGACUCACUAUUCUUUCUGUUAAAAGAUUAUAGGAAUUUGAAGGGAAACAUUGACUUCUAGGUUUUCUCUUGCAACGAUAUGCUAGUAUCAAUCUUUGGUGUGAAAGCUUAAUAGUGAGGUAGUUAACAAUGCUGCAAAGAUGGAGCAGAGCUUAUACCCAUUUAUCAAGGCUUGGGUCACAGAAGAACUUCAACUUUAGGAAUGAUUUCUAUGCGAUUUCACGGCAGAGCUAUAAGAAGGCUUCAGCAGCCGUGGCUCCAGCGACGGCGGAUACCGCGGAAAGGAGUUCUCCAAGCGAAAGACCGGUUAAUUUGGAUAAAAUGUUUUGGUCCAAGCCCUGCUCAUUGGCUUUGGACCCGUCUUCUCCGCUGAGAGUUGAAGAGCCAAAAUACGAGGGCUUUAAGCAUAUUAUGCUCAAGCUGUUGCUGUUUUAUAGCAAACAGAGCAAGUCUAUUAGAGGGGCAAAUGUGGUUUACAUGCGGAUCACCUCUCAAGUUGAUUCACCCACAAUUUAUGAAGUAUUCAACUUGGAGAAGACCUUUAAAACAACAUUCUCUUUAAUUGUCCUUCACAUGUGGCUUUGCUUACGUCGCUUGAAGGCUGAGGGAAAAGCAGGUGUUGAGUUUGGGCAGUACUUGUAUGAUAUUUACAAUCACGAUGUGGAGCUCAGAGUAUCUAAAGCUGGGGUUAACCUACUAUUGACUAGAUGGAUGAAGGAUUUGGAGAAGAUAUUCUAUGGAAAUAUUGUUGCUUAUGAUGCUGCCAUGCUUCCAGAAGCUAAACCUGACGAGCUUCAGAAUGUGAUAUGGAGGAAUGUUUUCUCGGAUGAUGGUUCGUCAAAGCCAGAUGAUGCUGCAUCCCGAACAGUCCAGGCAUUGGCCAGGUAUACCCGUCGAGAAGUUAGUUGCCUGUCUUUAACAGAUGAAGUAGCUAUGUUUUCUGGGAACUUCAUGUUUACACCAUUGAAGCAAGAGGAAGCAAAACCCGUUGGGCAUUGAUAAGAGUUCAUUGCUUUUUAUUUUAUUUUAUAUUAUUAUUUUAUUAUUUUUUUCAUUUCUACAAAAAUAAUAUUGUCACUUGUAAGAAAAUUCCAAUUCUAUAGCCCUUUUAUCACCUCAAAAGGGAUAUACUUUUAGUUUCUCAAAUACUGGGUCUUGUACGGGUCCAAUUUUCAGCGUUCAUAGUCUGACCAUGUAAUGAUGGGAUAAAUUUCACAAAGUGGAGUUCUUUACUUGUUAA